AUGCCCUCGUUUGGGGCACCUGCUCUAUUUGGGUACCUCGAGGAAGAUGGGUGUGAUGGCCUCGCCCGUGCAAGACAUCAGAUACUCGACGGGCAAGAGCUCUUGAUAGGGAGGGACCACAAGAGCUGCAAUGUCAUUCUGACGGAUCCCACUGUCUCGAAUCAGCAUCUACAGAUAUAUACCAUCGCUUACAGCGAGGAUAAUCAUCAACGUAUCUUCGUCUACGCCAAAGAUCUCUCCACCAAUGGCACCUACUGGUGCUAUGAGCAUGGCAAUCACUGGAAGGAAUCUUUGAUUGGGAGAGGCAGUGCCGUCUUGCUGAGCCACGGGGACAAAGUCCGCCUGUGUAAUGGUUCUUCCUUUGCCUUUCGAUCUCUGUUUACGAAUUUGUUCAGGAUCACAGACCAAAAAAUGGGAUCUGGAGCUUACGGAGAGGUCUGGAUGGCUGUCGACAUUGCGCGCAAUCGUCAAAUGGCUUGUAAGGUAGUUAAGCUGCACAAAUCACCUCAUCAGUGGUCAGGAAGGGUCAGCUUUUCCGAAUCCUGCUGGCGAGAAGUGGAGUUGCUCAAAGACAUAAGCCAUGUGAGGAAGGAAGUCCCAUUGUUGACUCUCGCUCAUGAGAUGUUCAGCCAAACAUCAUACACGUCGAGCGUGUCUUCUUCACUAAGACAAAUCUACCUUAUCACUGGAGGAGACCUUAUGUCUUACAUUGAAAGGCCACAGACCAACAUGAACGAUGCGGAGGCUUGUAUCAUUAUUUAUCAGAUGCUAAAGGCUCUUGAAUACCUCCAUCGACAAGGAAUCUGUCACAGAGAUCUUAAGCCUGAAAACAUUUUGAUGAGCAAGCCGGCGCGGGGGGCUAGGGUGAUUCUAGCAGACUUCGGGCAUUCAACCAAGUUGAGCGGCAGCAAGCAAAUGCGCAGAAGAAGAAUGAAAACCGCCUCCGUGGGUACGGACUAUUAUGUGGCUCCCGAGGUUCGUGGAAAGAACAAGAACACUGAAGGGUACACAAUGGCUACAGACAUAUGGUCCGUAGGCAUCAUAACUACACUACUACUCACUGGGGAGUCCGUCUUCGAAAACUCCAAGAAUGACGCCUCAUCGGCGGCCGUUCUGGACGCUGCAGCAGAAUGCGAUCUAGCGAAAAUGGACUACAACUCACUUUGGCAGACUGUCAACGACCUAGGGAAAGAUUUUGUCAAGAGUCUCCUAACCUUGGAUGAAAAAGCGCGACUCGAAGUAGAACAAGCCUUGAAGCAUGGGUGGUUCACGAACGUAAAGCGUAAGAGAACCAUACAGCAAGAAUAUGAAGACGCGAUCCGAGGAUGGAUGCCGAGUAGACCCUUGCUGGACUAUAAAGAAGACCUGGCUUUGUUCAGAGAAGCUAGCCAACCUACACUAGAUUCGAUCUUAAUGCCUCCGCCGGCCAAGCCAAAUUCGAACAGAAAUCUACAACGAUCGUUGCAUCAAUCGGAAGAUGGGCAUCAGUCGAGUCCGUUUUUCUCGCGAGCAAUUCAGGAUGGUGCUACGAAAAUCGUGGCUCAGGCUGGCAAGAAACGAGAAAUAGAGUCCGAUGACGAGACAAGUACGCCUUCAAUCUUUCCAAAGCAAGCCGUUCCAGCAAACAAGCGACCAAACAAGAAUGGUAGAGAAAAGUAUAACGUCACCGGUCGUAUUGAUCCAAUUAUCAGCCCUGGCACAGUCUCUAGCCAUGUUCACAAGAUUUCUGGCGCCUCAAACAUCGGACCGAGUUCCACCUAUGACUCUCUGCAGUCAUCCAGCUGCACAUCCUGUGAGAUCAAGAAGGACUUGUCCGCCUAUUGGACUCCACUCCUGUACUACGAGCAUGCCAAUGGCUCUUUCGAAGAAGUCCCCAACGGAGGAAUGGCUGUUUACUACCUUGGCCGUGGCGACAACAAGACCAAUAUCCAACCCUUCCCUCCAGGCUUCCGAAUGCUUUCUGGCGACGCUGCCGCUCGUUCCUUCAACGAUACGCCGGUCAGCUCGGUUGAAGGUGCGGAACCAUACGGUAACCGCGUCAGCUUCAAUUGCUUGACGGACUCACCAAAUCCCCAAUCGCCACAAAUGAACAUGACUGACUGCGACAAUGGUCUCCGUGCUCAAAUACAGUUCCAGUCUUGCUGGGACGGCGUCAAUAAGUACUUGCCAGACAGCAGCCACGUAGCCUACAUGUCUACCAUCGACAAUGGCGCCUGCCCUCCAGGGUAUCCAGUUCAGCUUAUGCAUCUGUUCUAUGAGGUCCUGUACAGCGUUAGCGAGAUCGCACUUGAUGGUGGGAAGUUCGUCUUUGCACAGGGUGACCCUACUGGCUACGGAUUUCACGGCGACUUCCUGAAUGGCUGGGAUGUUGAUACUCUUCAAGCCGGUAUCGAGCAGUGCGCAGUCGCCAACGAGGACGGUGUCGUCCAUGAAUGCCCAGUCUUCGCUGCCAUUGAUGACCAAAACUUCUCCACCGACUGCCCCGCCCGUCUACCUGAAAUUGACGAGCCCGUUCACGGCGUGAUCGACAAGCUACCCGGCUGCAUCACCAUAACGCCUGGCCCAGAGGAGGCUACGUUGGCUGACUUUGUCUGCCCAGCUAACGUUCCGGAACCACCACUCUUGAACGUAAGUUCUGGAUCUGGCCCAGCUGUUGGAUCGACUGUCGACGGGUGGACAUAUAUGGGCUGCGCAAAUGAGCCUACUGGGGUGCGCGCUCUAGGUGACGCGACGUACACGAGCAACACCAUGACCAACGAAGCCUGCCAGAGCUUCUGCGUCGGCAAGGGAUCUCCGAUGGCUGGGACAGAGUAUGGAACGCAGUGUUACUGCGGUUCUGCUCUCGCUCCGGGGUCCAGUCUCAAUCAGACUUGCAGCAACAUGCCCUGCGGCGGUAGCGAUAUGGAGUACUGCGGAGGACCUGACCGUCUCUCUGUAUACCAGAAGGCUUAG